AUGUCUUCCACUUUCUUAGCACCGUCAACAGUCACACGAAUCGCCGACAAGGCACUGACAACUCCUUUUGUGCAAACAGGCCGCUGCGAGUCUCUUUAUGACCUGGUUACUAUACCUAUCUUUGAGUCAGCAAGCAAUGGGCCGUCCACGAUUUCCUCUGCCGCUUUCUUGAUCUCUGAUGUUGCCAAUCGUCACUUUUCUGCUUGCCAGCCCAACGGCUGGGAUAACCAGGAUCCGGCGAGCCAAUUCCACUUCAGUCCAGCCGUAUGUACUAGCUAUUGGACAUACUAUGAAAUGAUGCGCACAUCCACUGACUUUGGAAAUGGAACCCUUGCACCUUACUCCACAGCGUAUUGCUGUGCUAGCUUGACAGCGCCCUGUUAUCGAUACAUCGACGCCGGCUGGACCUCAACCACGGUAACAGUAUGGUCAACUGGAACCAAGACAACAAAAGUCUUUUCAGAAGGAUAUAUGGCCCACGCAGCAUGGGAAAUAUCAUGGGCGGCCUCGGAUACUGCGAGCAUGUCUCCAACUCCACCGUCGCUUGAUUCGGGGGAGUACUUUUCGACCUGGGUGCCAGGACAGGCUCUCAUUACCCCUACUCCAGAACCAACGAAGCAUCAGACUGACAAAUCACUUACGAAGUUGCUAAACUUUUACAUGAUUGGCCUUCCCCUAAUCGGCGUCGCGGUCAUUGCAUGCGGCAUUUGGUGUUGUUGCAUGGUCCGACGAGCAAAGCGCCGGGAGACGUUCCAAUUGGAACAAUGGCGAUUGGAGCAUCCAACUAGCAUAUCCCAGACUGCUCAAAAUCCAAGCAGAACUCCUGAUGACCCGAGCAAAUCGCCGGGAGGUGCCCUAGUCGGAGCAGUGGCAAGUGGAGCACCCAACUAG